CACACAACCCUUAUGCGCCCAUGAAUGAAAUUGAGUUUGACACCCCUGGUCUAGAAGAUGUUCACCAAAUGUCCUCGGUUGCAGGUAUCCUGGAGAGCUGUGUCGUGGGGUCUUGGUCUACAAUUUAUCCUUGGAAUCUUCAUCAUCCGAACUGAACCUGGAUUUCAGGCUUUCCAAUGGCUGGGCAAUCAGAUUCAGACUGUGAAGUGGUAUAUACGUGGCAUUGCUAUUCUCAUUUUAGGCUACCUGGCCUACUUCAUUGCUGCUUGUUACCUGGACUACCAGCGAGCUUUGGCCCUGAUCGUUUUGACAAGCCUGGCUGUUGCUUUCCUUGCCUAUAGCUUAGUCAAAAAAUAUUUGGGAGCCAAGAUUAUCCAGAUGUUGAGCCCCUGCAGCAAAUGCUGUCAGAAGGCCUGGCGGUGGCUGAAAUGUUGUCCUGGCUUCUGCAAAUUACAAUGGGCACAGCGGCCACCGAAUCUCUGAGCGUGGUGGGGAAUGUAUUUGUGGGGAUGACCGAAGCACCCUUGCUCAUCCGUCCCUACCUGGGGGACAUGACACGUUCAGAAAUCCAUGCUGUGAUGACCGGUGGCUUUGCUACCAUUGCUGGUAGUGUGAUGGGCGCAUACAUUUCAUUUGGGAUUGAUGCCUCGUCUCUCAUCGCAGCCUCAGUAAUGGCAGCACCUUGUGCUUUAGCUAUGGCCAAACUUGUCUAUCCAGAAGUGGAACAGUCCAAAUUCCGAAGCCACGAAGGCAUCACAAUUGCCUGCGGGCCAACCACUUUCCUUACAACGCUCCUAAAAGAAUUGUCUUCUGGCUUUCAGCUGAUCUGCUCCUACGUCCUGAUGCCUUUAGCCUUCUUGUUAGGGGUGAGCUGGGAAGAGGCUUCCCGGGCUGCUGAGUUGCUGGGAGUCAAGUUCUUCUUGAAUGAAUUUGUGGCCUACCAGCAAUUGUCGGUCUACAAACAGAAUCGUCUGAUGGGUCUGCCCGAGUGGGAUGGUCCUCAAAAGCAGUGGAUUUCGCCCAGAGCUGAAACCAUAAUAACCUUUGCUCUGUGUGGAUUUGCCAACCUGAGCGCUAUUGGGAUCAUGCUGGGCGGCUUGACUCCGAUGGCACCGCAACGCACGAGUGAAUUUUCCAGCGUCGUCCUGCGAGCCUUGCUCACCGGAGCCUGCGUCUCCCUCAUCAAUGCAUGCAUUGCAG